UCAUUUACUCUUUGGCAAUGGAGGUUUGAUCGGUAAUGUCAUAAGAAAAUUAAAUUAUUGCUUCUCUUACAAUUUAUGCAUAUUGUAUCUAUUUUAAAGAAUCGGAGACUAUCGGAAUAAAUACUACUCUAAUAAAAUAACGUUUUGUGGUGGACCAUCGAUUUUGCAGUCAUCUUUUGCGGAACAUGGGGGACGAAAUUAAACUUGACGUAGAUAAAUCGGCAAAUGGCGAUGUCCAUGAUGAAGACGGUAAAAAAAAGAAAAAGAGUAAAAAGCAUAGAAAACGUAGAAGAGAUGCAUAUGACUCUGAUGAAAAAGCCUACAAGAAAAAGAAGAAGUCAAAAAAGGAAAAAUACAAAAGCCCAAAGUUGGAAAGUGAAACAUCGCUCUCCGAUGUAGAAGAAUUAAUUAAAAAAUCAAGAAGCUGUAGCAAGCCAGCGAAAAAUGAUUCUUCACUAGACACUCUAUCGAAAGACAGUGCAAAAACGAAACCAAAAAAUGGUAACGCAACCGUUACAAAAUCGCGUAGCAGCAGCAGAAACGAUUAUACACAGAAAGAUGAUAACUCUUUGGAAAUUAUAUCGUCCAACUCUGAAGCAGAAAAUUAUCAAGAAGAUUGUGCUAGUCCUGAACUCGCGGUGGAAGACGAUUUAGAUCUUGAAGAGUUGAUGAAACAGAAGGAACUGUUGCAAGCUCGGUUAGUUGCUUACUAUUCUGAUAAAAGUGACGACGAAAAAGUCUGUACAAAAUCAAGUAACAAAGAAAUUAAUGAUUAUGAAAUGAAGAGUGUUGCAACUAAGAAAGAUAAAAAAGAUCUUGAUUUAAAAGGACAAAAAUACAAGUAUAGCAAGGAGCGGUCGUCUAGACGACAAGAAGAAGAUUUAAGAGAAAUCAUUAAUAGAGAAAGUAGAAAGGAAAUGGAAAAGAGAUUUGAAGAAAAGGAGUAUCGCGAACGCAAAGAGCGAGAACGUCGAAAGGCAGAGAAAGAUAGAGAGCGUGAACGAGAAAAAGAGCGUGAUAAGGAAAGGGAGCGAGAAAAAGAUCGUGAUAGAGAGCGGGAGCGAGAAAGAAAACGAGAGAGGGAACGUGAGAGAGAUAGAGAUCGUCGCUCUUCUGAACUGAGACGACGUGAUAGGGAUGCAGUGCGUAGUCGACGAUCCCGAGAAAGAUCGCUGAUUUCGCGUCGGGAUCGAAGAUACUCUGACCGAGAUCGCGAUCGUAGAUCACGUGAACGAAGUAGAGAUAGGAACAGACCUCGUUCACGAGACAAUUAUUCUAGAUCUGAAAAUAGAGACAGAAACAAAAACACAACAUCAAAUGAAGUCGCUCAAAUAGUGCCCAGUUCCAGUGAUGAAGAGUUAGAUAUAUGUAUUAACACUGAUGAUGAAGAAGAAUCCGAGGAACAAAUCAUUGAAAAAAGAAGGAAACAACGGGAACUCCUUUUAAAGAGAUUGGAAUGUAUCAAUAGUGAUUCCGCAACAGGUAAAAAUCAGGGCUCAUUUGACAUAAUUCAAGUAGAAGCUACCUCUCCAGAAAUUCAAAGCCCAAAGGAAGUUAAAAAUAUUAAUUUAGAGUCAAAAAACGAUAGCAAUGUCGAACUAAAAAACGAAAAGAGCAGUGAACUAAUAAAAAACAUUGAGAAUGAUUCCAUAUCUGGCGUCCAAUUGGACAAACCUCUGAGAAGCAGUGAAUGGGAUAUGUUUGCGGAGCAGGACAAUUUCGGCAAUGUGGAUACUCCAAGUGCUGGUAAGCCCCGACGUAAAAAUGCUCUAGAAAAUCCGUCCCUUACUGAUAACUGGGACGAUGCUGAAGGCUAUUAUAGAGUACGAAUCGGUGAAACUUUGGACAACCGGUACACUGUGUAUGGUUACACAGGCCAAGGAGUGUUUUCAAACGUGAUCAGAGCUCGCGAUCAGUCUCGCUCGAACACAGAUGUUGCUGUCAAGAUCAUCAGGAACAACGAAAUCAUGCAUAAAACUGGAUUGAAGGAAUUGGAAGUCAUCAAACGUUUGAACGACGCUGACCCCGAUGACAAGUUCCAUUGCCUGCGUCUCUUCCGUCACUUCUUCCACAAGCGACAUCUUUGCAUGGUCAUGGAACCUCUUUCUAUGAACCUAAGGGAAGUGCUCAAAAAGUAUGGGAAAAACAGUGGAAUUCACAUCAAAGCUGUGAGGAGCUACACGCAACAAAUGCUUCUUGCUUUAAAAUUGUUGAAAAAGACUGGAAUUCUACAUGCAGAUAUAAAACCAGACAAUAUUCUGGUUAACGACAGCAAAUUGAUGCUGAAGUUGUGCGACUUUGGGGCCGCCUCGCACAUUACUGAAAAUGAAAUAACACCGUACCUCGUAUCAAGAUUUUACCGAGCUCCAGAAAUUAUUCUCGGCGUGCCAUACGACUUUGGUAUCGACAUGUGGUCCACAGCUUGUACUGUGUAUGAACUGUCAACGGGAAAAAUUAUGUUUAGCGGCAAAUCCAAUAAUGAGAUGCUAAAGUAUGUUAUGGAUCUGAAAGGGAAAUUACCGAAUAAAAUAAUCAAGAAGGGUCUUUUCAAGGACCAACACUUCGAUAGCAACUGCAAUUUCUUAUACCAUGAAUUGGACAGAGUUACAGAAAGGGAAAAAGUAGUAAUAAUGUCAAGCAUAAAGCCUACGCGCGAUCUCCAUUCCGAACUAUCACCGUCCCACCACCGACUACCUGCGCCUGAGGCUAAGAAGAUAAGUCAACUCAAUAAUCUUUUGGAAAGGAUGCUGAUGCUGGAUCCGACGAAACGGGCAUCUGUCAAUCAUUGUCUCGGUCACCCUUUCAUCCAGGAAAAAAUCUAAUUCACUGUGUAAGGGCAACUCGAUAAUCCGGCACGUCGGGUCCUUUUGUAAAUCUUAAAGUACACUGGUCCGUGCAAAAUAGUACGAUCAGUUAAAUGUACGAGUGUAUGUCGUCGAUGAGAAACAUAGUUUUUACAGAAUGUACUAGUAGACUGUAUCUUUUUUCUCAAUCCUUAAUAUAUAUGCCAAGAAGGUAUACGUUUUUUCUAAUUAUUAUUAUUCUCUAAAUGGAUUUAGUAUGUAGGUUGGAUUCCCGAUUGUUGUAAAUAUUCCAUUUACAAGCUUUAGUGGGAGGCCGUGCAAGUAUAACUUUAUGGGUGGGUGAGUCCAGUAAUUUCGGUUCUACUGAAAUUCUACUGGGGUACUAGGCGGAGUGAAAACCCGUGACUUGUACUACCAACAAACUGUUUGGCUGGCCCCAUGCUUAUGAUACUGAUGACAGGCGAGGGGAAUAUGGGCAACUUCUAACUCCCAUAAUGGUAAUUCAUUGUCAUACAUUAUGAGUCAGUUUAAGGCCAAGGUUGUAAUAGAUUUUAGUACAACGUUACAACCCUACUAAGCCUUUAGAAUGUAAUGACGUACUUAACCUUCUAGGUAAGAAGGCAUUGUCGAGCGAGUGGUGUGAAAAAUACUUUGAAAAUAAAAAUAUUAUUUAUAUUUGAUGGUGGUCUCACCCAAACUUGGCACUCAAUCCAAGUUAUGUGUGAGCAAAAUUAUAAUGAAUUAAAAGUUAUUAUUAUCUAUAAUUGGAACAUAGCUGAGUAUUUUCUUUACUGAUAAGAUUAGUAUUCACAGUCCAUUAGAGGAUUGUUCUUUGAAUUUAUUUUGCGGACAAUAAGUCAACAAAUUGAAUUUCAUCAUCAUCAUCAUCAUCACAUCAACCGAUAGACGUCCACUGCUGGACAUAGGUCUUUUGUAGGGAGUUCCAAGUUCCACGAUUCUGAGCCGCUUGGAUCCAACGGCUACCUGCGACGCGCUUAAUGUCGUCUGUCCACCUCGUUGGGGGUCGACCAACGCUGCGCUUACCAGUACGCGUUUGAAUUUAUACGUACGCGUAUAAAUUACGCAAUUGAAUUUGCGUAAUUUAUAUUAGAGCUUUGCUGACAAUGAGAUUCAUAUUGAAGUAAUUUGAUGGAGAAAUAUUUUUUAUCGCGCUCUAUGAAGUCUAUUUGCAUUUAGUACUUGUAGUACUCCUAUUUCUUAUUGAUAUGAAUUGAUGUGUGUAUAUUUAUUUAAAGUACUCAUGAUUGCAUGGUUUUAUAAUUACUGGGUUUAUUAUUAAUUUAAAUAGAUUUAUCACAAAAUUCGCUAUUUUUAUGUGAGUAUAGUGCCGGAUUAUUCAAGUUGGCUAAUAUUUUUAUAUGUGUUAGACACUAAGAAGCCGGAUCGAAAUAAACUUUUCUUUAAUCAUUUGUCGAA